GACCCGGGGAGAGGUGAGGACCCCGGGGUGGGGUUGGAAUCAGGGGGCGGUGCCAGGCCCCUGCGGGGCGGGGUUUGCACGGCGGACCCGGAGCGCGGCGGGGACGCUAGCAGACGGCCGGUGGGCGCCCGCAGGUCCCAGGUUCCAGUCGCCGAACUCCGGCGAGGUUCAGAGGCCCCCCGGGGUGAGAGGAUCUGCAUAGUCCAGCGCCCCGACGGCCGGAGAAGACCAGGCACCCGAGCCUCCAGGUCCCAACCGUCAGUCCUCCCUCCUGCGGGCUCGGGCGUCCCGGGCCCCCCGAACACUGCAGAGCUGGGGGGACGCCCGAGCUGCGAGGAUCCGGGCUGCCCGCGAGGCGAGGCGCGGGCGCCCAGGAUGGGGUGCAAGAAAUCCAAGAUCCUACGGGACAUGGGCAAGGCCUGGAAAGCGGAGCCGGGCAGCAACCCGCACAACCCUGUGUACGUGCCGGACCCCACUUCGUCCAGCAAGAUGGGGCCAAACAGCAACAAUGGCAACCCCCCAGGCUUUGCAGAUGCAGGCUCUGAGGACAUCAUUGUGGUUGCCCUGUAUGACUAUGAGGCCGUUCACCAUGAAGACCUCAGCUUCCGGAAGGGGGAGCAGCUGGUAGUCCUGGAGGAGUCUGAAGAAUGGUGGAAGGCAAGAUCUUUGACAACCUGGAAAGAGGGCUACAUUCCGAGCAACUAUGUGGCCCGUGUUAACUCUCUAGAGACAGAAGAGUGGUUCUUCAAGAAGGCCAGCCGGAAGGAUGCAGAGCGACAACUCCUAGCUCCUGGCAACAUGCUUGGCUCCUUCAUGAUCAGAGACAGCGAGACCAGCAAAGGAAGCUACUCCUUGUCUGUGCGAGACUUUGACGCCCAGCAAGGAGAUACGGUGAAGCAUUAUAAGAUCCGGACGCUGGACAGCGGGGGCUUCUACAUCUCCCCGAGGAGCACCUUUGGCACGCUGCAUGAGCUCGUGGAACAUUACAAGAAGGGGAAAGACGGCCUGUGCCAGAAGCUGUCGGUGCCCUGCAAGUCCCCCAAGCCACAAAAGCCGUGGGAGAAAGAUGCCUGGGAGAUCCCCCGGGAAUCCCUCAAGCUGGAGAAGAGGCUGGGAGCUGGGCAGUUUGGAGAAGUCUGGAUGGCCACCUAUAACAAGCACACCAAGGUGGCGGUGAAGAUGAUGAAGCCGGGGAGCAUGUCGGUGGAGGCCUUCCUGGCCGAGGCCAACAUGAUGAAAACCCUGCAACAUGACAAGCUGGUGAAGCUGCACGCCGUGGUCACCCAGGAGCCCAUCUACAUCGUCACAGAGUUCAUGGCCAAAGGAAGCCUGCUGGACUUUUUGAAAAGCCAAGAAGGUAGCAAACAGCCCUUUCCGAAGCUCAUUGACUUCUCUGCCCAGAUCGCAGAAGGCAUGGCCUUCAUCGAGCGCAGGAACUAUAUUCACCGAGACCUCCGAGCCGCCAACAUCCUGGUCUCUGCCUCGCUGGUGUGUAAGAUCGCGGACUUCGGCCUGGCCCGGAUCAUUGAGGACAAUGAGUACACAGCUCGGGAAGGGGCCAAGUUCCCCAUCAAGUGGACAGCUCCAGAGGCCAUCAACUUCGGCUCAUUCACCAUCAAGUCAGAUGUCUGGUCCUUUGGUAUCCUGCUGAUGGAGAUUGUCACCUUCGGCCGGAUCCCUUACCCAGGGAUGUCAAACCCGGAGGUGAUCCGGGCACUGGAGCAUGGCUAUCGGAUGUCUCGCCCAGAGCAUUGUCCAGCGGAGCUCUACAACAUCAUGACACGCUGCUGGAAGAACCGCCCAGAGGAGCGGCCCACCUUUGAGUACAUCCAGAGUGUGCUGGAGGACUUCUACACGGCCACCGAGAGCCAGUACCAGCAGCAGCCUUGACAGCAGGGCAGGGUGGGACCUGAGCCCAGGGCGGGACCUGAGC